AUGCCUUCUCUCGUCCAAAAGGGAGACACAAUCUACGUCCAUCCCGAGUUUCUCAGUGACAGCAAGAGCAACAGAAUGACUGUCAGCUGGAGCCAGAACUGGUUCAAUCGCACUGAAAAGUACAAGCUCUGCAAGUUUACCGUCAAGUCUGGGGGCGAUGCCAAGGGUCUCAUUUACGUUCAAGCUAACAAGGUCGCCGAGUUCAAAUCGAAGAAGACAAGCGGAGAAGACUUUACACUGACGGUUGAUGAGUCGUUCCAGUACGGACAGGACAAGGAUCAAACCAAGCGCUUCCUUGUGUUCCACGACACGGACAACCGGCCUUACCAGCACCGUUUCGUUGAAAACACCCUCACAGAGCUUGGAGAUGGUGCCAAUGAGUACGUCAAGGAGUUUACCGGAGUUAGUUUCGAAGCCGUCGGAAUGAUGGCUAAGAUGUUCGUGGGGGACUAUUUGCACAACUUCUAG